UGAAUGACUUGCCGUACCUACGGAAGGCGCGGUGGGACAAGCGCGUGCGCUGCUAAGCACUACUCGUUCUUUUGUCGACAUGGCGGCGCAUUUAAAAAAGCGAGUUUAUGAGGAAUUCUCCAGAGUGGUACAGGUUCCCGCCGAAGAAGUUGCGUCCAAGAAGCUUCGUCUGUGCAAGCCCAGCAAGUCGGCGGCUCUCCACGUGGAUCUGUGCAAGGCCGCCAACGCCACCGACGCUUUGCACUUCCUGCUGCACUUCGCCCGCAAGCCCGUGGAGGCCGAGAGCGUCGAGGGUGUUGUCAGGAUCCUCCUGGAGCACUACUACAAGGAAACGGAUAACUCGGUGCGACUGAAGAUCGCGUCCCUGCUGGGCGUCCUGUCCACAACUCCGGGCUUCAGUCCCGACUGCAUCGUGGAGGAUGUCGUGGCAGCGGUGGCCAACGAGAAGUCCCAUCAGGUCCUGGCGCAGCUUCUGGACAGCCUUCUGACGGCAGGCGCUCAGCUUGCGGAGAACCCGGCGGCGGCGCGGCGGCUGCUGGAGGUGGCCCGCCAGCAUCUUUCGGACGCCUCCUUCGGAGUGAGGAUCAAAUGUCUGCAGCUGCUGGGACGUCUGGGCGUUGGGGACGGCGAGGCGCCCGCAGGUGCGGCCCGGGACGACGCGCCCGCCGUCAUCAGCGACUUCUUUGGCGAUCAGGACCCCAGAGUGCGCACGGCGGCCCUCAAAGCAAUGCUGCAGCUGCAUGAGAGAGGCGGCACCAAGAUUCAGCAGGUGAUUUACGAGCAGGCGUGCCGGCUGCUGGCGGACGACUACGAGCAGGUUCGCUCGGCCGCCGUCGGAAUGGUUUGGGUGCUGAGCGUCUUGUAUCCCGAGAGCAUCGUGCCCAUCCCGUCGUCCAACGAGGAGGUCCGGCUGGUGGACGACGCCUUUGGGAAGAUCAGUCACAUGGUCAGCGACGGCUCGUGGAUGGUGCGCGUGCAGGCCGCCAAAACGCUGGGUUCCAUGUCGCAGGUGAGUCCUCACUUCCUGGAGCAGACGCUGGACAAGAAGCUGAUGUCCGAUCUGAGGAGGAAGCGCACGGCCCACGAGCGCGCCAAGGAGCUCUUUGCUUCGGGUGAGUUCUCGUCCGGCAGGAAGUGGGCCGACGACGCCCCCAAGGAGAAAGUGGACACCAACACGGUCAACCUGAUCGCCUCGGGAGCCUGCGGAGCCUUCGUCCACGGCCUGGAGGACGAGAUGUUUGAGGUACGCAUCGCGGCGGUGGAGGCUCUGUGCCGGCUGGCCCGCUCCUCGGCCGGCUUCGCCGAGAAGUGUCUGGACUUCCUGGUGGACAUGUUCAACGACGAGAUCGAGGAGGUGCGGCUGCAGUCCAUCCACGUGCUCCGAGAGAUCUCCACGCACAUCACGCUCCGGGAGGACCAGCUGGACACGGUGCUGGCCGUUCUGGAGGACUCGUCUCGCGACAUCCGAGAAGCUCUGCACGAGCUGCUGUGCUACACCAACGUGUCCACCAAGGAGUGCGUCCAGCUGGCCCUGCUGGAGCUGCUCAAGAACCUCAACAAGUAUCCCGCCGACCGUAACUCAGUCUGGAAGUGUCUCAAGUUUAUGGGGACGCGCCACCCCAUGCUGGUCUUGCCGCUGGUCCCGGAACUCCUCAGCACGCACCCUUACUUUGACACACCGGAGCCCGACAUGGAUGACCCGGCCUACAUCGCCGUCCUAGUCUUGGUCUUCAACGCGGCCAAGUCGUGUCCCACCAUGCCGGCGCUCUUCUCCGACCACACCUUCAGACACUACGCCUACCUGAGGGACAGCCUGUCGCACCUGGUGCCGCCUCUGCGGCUGCCGGGCAGGAAGCAGCUCCACGCUUUGGACUCUGCCGACUGUCAAGGCGUGGAGUCGGCGCGGCUCUUUCUGCAGCAAAGUCUGGAGCGGGUGAGCACCAUCCAGAACCUGGAAGCGCCCGGAGCUCAGGACCUGCUCAUCUUCACCAUACGCGACUUGGAGAGGCUGGGCCAGCUGCAGACAGAACUCGCCGGAGCGGCCGACUUCUGCGCCACCUACCUGCGCUGCCAGCUUCUCCUCAUCAAGGCUCUGCAGGAGAAACUGUGCAAGAUGCCGGUGGCUCUCUGCUGGAGGCAGAGCGGCACGGCCGUGGCGGCUGCCCAGCAGGUCUUGGAGGAGACCUACAAGCUGGAGUUCAUGUAUAGCGGUCUGGAGAGCCGACAGGUGGCCGUCAUCCAUCAUGUGCGGCUCCAGGCCAAAGCGCUGCAGCUUGUUCUCAGCGCGCGCGCCGCACCCGGGCAGGAUGCGCUCGCCAGUGCCUGCGAAAAGUUCCUGCAGGAGCUGGACUCCUUCCACAGGCUGUUUGCGGCCGAGCUCCCUCACCUGCAAGACAGCUUUGCGGACAAGCUGGCGGAGGCCACGCCGCCGCGCCCGGCGUCCCGCAAGCCGGCCGAGCUGCUCCGCAUCCUGGAGACCUCGCUGAGGCAGAGCGCCCUGCUGCCGCUCUGCCUCCCGCCUCAGAUCCACCGAGCCACGGCCAACAUCAUCGAGCCCACGGGAGAGUCGGACAACCCGCUCAAGUUCACGUCGGGCCUGGUGGUGGCGCUGGACGUCGACGCAACUCUGGAGCACGUCCGCGACCCGCACAACUCAGUCAAAGUGGAGGUCCUUUAUCCUGACGGCCAGAGUCACGUGAUCCACCCCAAACCGGGAGACUUCCGCCAGCCGGGACCGCACCGCCACAGGCUCAUCACGCAGGUCUACCUAUCGCACGGCGCCUGGACAGAGCCUUCUCAGGUGGAGGUGCGUCUGCUGCUGGCCUACAGCUCCUCGUCGUCGUCCUCAGCGAGCGACUCCAAGCUGGCGUGGAGCGACAGCGUGGACGGCCUCCCGCCAGCCGAGUGCGCCGUAGAAGGAACCAUCGCCUUCAGCAAGCCUGUCAAAGUCUUCAUCAUGCCCAAGCCUGCCAGACGCUAAUGUUAACGCUAGCAAAGUCACAAUGUGAAAAUAUGUGCUCGGAUGAGUGGCAGCUUUCAUCAGCAGUAACUCAUAUGGAUGUGAAGCAACAGAUAUUUGAGUGCCGACGUACAUGGACAACACCGUCACAAGUGGACCGAUAGGAUUUGCAAAUGUGUUUUCUUGUUCACAGAAAGGCUUGCUUAUGGGUGCUAUUCUUGCACUUUUUUUUUACAUUUGUUCCGACAGAAAAAUUAAAAAAUUGCCAUUUUUAA